CGGGCGGGCGGCAGCGGGGGCGCCGCUGAUGGCCGGCAGCCCCGCGGCGGGGCGCUGAGAGGCGGCGUUGGACAGCGCCGGGCCCCCCCACCUCAACCUUCUGCGGCCGCGUCCCUUCCCUUCCGUCCAUGCUCCCGGCCGUCGCGGCCUCGCAGCGGAGCCGUUGGGCGGCGGCGAGAGAGGCGGGGAGAGAGGGAGAGAGCAGCGGGCCCGGCCCCGCGCCCGCAGGGCGCAUCGAGGAUAAUUAUCAGCCUUAAUAAGGAUUGAUUGUGUACUACCCAUCGUCGUCCUGAUUGGAUACCAAACAGAAGAGCUUUGGCCGUUGCACUGAGAAGGUGAACAGUUGGAUGAGCGUCCCUGUUAAGGGGCACUGCUGGAAGAACCUUUAUGGGCUCCUAAUGACAUGCAGGUGGACGAUUUGCUUACGAUAAUUAAGGUCAACAUGGAUCUAUGGUUCUUUGUCCUUUUGCUUGGAAGUGGCCUGAUGAGCGUAGGUGCUAACAAUGUCACAACAGAGCCACCCACAACAGUGCCCACCUCCACAAGUAUCCCCACCAAAGCUCCUACAGCAAUUCCUGAUGGUGGGACGACGCCGAGAGUGAGCAGAUUCAACAUUAGCUCUCCAGUGACCACUUCUACCCCGGUGUCGGAGUCGCCUACAACCACAGCCACCAGCAUCUCCCCCAAUGCCACCACUGCCAGCCUCAAUGCCUCCACUCCAGGGGCAUCAGUGCCCACCUCUGCCCCUGUGGCCAUCUCACUGUCACCCAGCGUGACACCGUCUGCCCCGCACACUGCACUGCCCAGCAUGGAAGCGGAGACGACCGAGAGGAACGUCAGCGCGACAGUGACAACACAAGAGACCUCUUCUGCAUCCCACAAUGGUAACUCUGACAGAAGAGAUGAGACUCCAAUUAUCGCCGUGAUGGUGGCCCUGUCCUCCCUCCUAGUCAUAGUAUUUAUUAUUAUUGUGCUGUACAUGUUAAGGUUCAAGAAAUACAAGCAAGCAGGGAGUCACUCCAACUCCUUCCGCCUGCCCAAUGGCCGGACAGAUGAUGCAGAGCCCCAGAGCAUGCCGCUGCUCGCCAGGUCCCCCAGCACCAACAGGAAAUACCCACCUUUGCCCGUCGACAAGCUGGAGGAGGAGAUCAACCGUCGCAUGGCAGAUGACAACAAGCUCUUCCGAGAAGAGUUCAACGCUCUCCCAGCGUGUCCAAUUCAGGCCACAUGUGAAGCUGCUUCUAAGGAGGAGAACAAGGAGAAGAACCGCUACGUGAACAUUUUGCCCUAUGAUCAUUCCAGGGUUCACCUGACUCCUGUUGAAGGGGUUCCCGACUCUGACUACAUUAACGCCUCCUUCAUUAAUGGGUACCAAGAGAAAAACAAGUUCAUUGCUGCACAAGGACCAAAGGAAGAAACAGUGAAUGACUUUUGGAGAAUGAUUUGGGAGCAAAACACAGCAACAAUUGUCAUGGUGACCAACCUGAAGGAGAGGAAAGAGUGUAAGUGUGCUCAGUACUGGCCAGAUCAGGGCUGCUGGACGUAUGGCAACAUCCGUGUUUCGGUGGAAGACGUGACAGUGCUGGUGGACUACACCGUGCGCAAGUUCUGCAUUCAGCAGGUAGGUGAUGUCACGAACAAGAAGCCUCAGCGCCUGGUGACGCAGUUCCACUUCACCAGCUGGCCCGACUUCGGGGUGCCUUUCACCCCCAUUGGGAUGCUGAAGUUCUUAAAGAAGGUGAAGACGUGUAACCCCCAGUAUGCAGGAGCAAUAGUAGUGCACUGCAGCGCUGGGGUGGGACGCACGGGCACUUUUAUCGUCAUCGACGCCAUGCUGGACAUGAUGCACGCCGAGAGGAAGGUGGAUGUUUACGGUUUCGUGAGCCGGAUCCGGGCUCAGCGCUGCCAGAUGGUACAGACAGAUAUGCAGUAUGUGUUCAUAUACCAAGCACUGCUGGAGCACUAUCUCUAUGGUGAUACAGAGCUGGAGGUGACCUCGUUAGAAAUCCACCUCCAGAAGAUCUACAACAAAGUGCCAGGGACCAGCAGCAAUGGGCUGGAAGAGGAGUUCAAGAAGCUCACUUCCAUCAAAAUUCAGAACGACAAGAUGAGAACAGGCAACUUGCCAGCAAACAUGAAAAAGAACAGGGUGCUUCAGAUAAUUCCAUAUGAGUUCAACAGAGUAAUCAUUCCAGUGAAGAGAGGUGAAGAAAACACAGACUACGUUAAUGCUUCUUUUAUUGAUGGCUAUCGCCAGAAAGACUCCUAUAUCGCCAGCCAAGGGCCACUGCAGCACACGAUAGAGGACUUCUGGAGGAUGAUCUGGGAGUGGAAAUCCUGCUCCAUAGUGAUGUUAACAGAGUUGGAGGAGAGAGGCCAGGAGAAAUGUGCCCAGUACUGGCCUUCUGAUGGCUCUGUGUCCUAUGGAGACAUCAACGUGGAGCUGAAAAAAGAGGAGGAAUGUGAGAGCUACACAGUGCGGGACCUGCUGGUGACAAACACCAGGGAAAACAAGAGCCGACAGAUUCGACAGUUCCACUUCCAUGGCUGGCCAGAGGUUGGGAUCCCCAGCGAUGGGAAGGGAAUGAUCAACAUCAUCGCGGCCGUGCAGAAGCAGCAGCAGCAGUCAGGCAACCACCCCAUCACUGUGCACUGCAGUGCCGGAGCAGGAAGAACAGGAACCUUCUGUGCGCUGAGCACUGUCCUGGAAAGGGUGAAAGCAGAAGGGAUUCUUGAUGUCUUUCAGACAGUGAAGAGUUUAAGACUACAGAGGCCGCAUAUGGUGCAGACACUGGAACAGUACGAAUUCUGCUACAAAGUGGUGCAGGAAUACAUCGACGCCUUCUCAGACUACGCCAACUUCAAGUGAAAAAUACAACAAACAACCUGAAACAAAUGACAGAAGAGUUGCCUUCUUUAAUAUUUUGUAAUAUUCUGUUUGUUAAUAUACCCCUCCCCCAAAAUAUGUGUAUAUAUCUUAACUGUUUUAGAGGUUGGUACCAUAAGCUUCAUAUUAGCUGGAGAUUUUAUAUGUAGCAAAGUGUUAGUGCAGAUACUGUCAGCUCCUUUUUUUUCCAAUGUUUUAUUGGGGAAUUAAAUAGCGUGAUGUUUGGAUUAA